AGUUUCUUCUCCUUUCUAUCCACUCUGGUCUCUCCCCUCUGCUGGCCUGCCUGCCUACCUGCCAACCGAGCCGGUCUGACCUUCCCAGACUCAUUUCAUUCAAAAGAAAGAAACUACUCCAAAUUUCAGAAUGUCAGGUUACAGAACCAGUUACAGCGUGAGGAGUUCUUCUGCCCCACGGAACUUCAGCAGUGCUUCCUACUCUGGACCAAGCAUCAACGCCCGCAAGAGCUUCACUGUCAAGAGCUCCUAUGGAGGCAGGGGCUUUGGUGGAGGUGCUGGUGGUGGCAUCACUAGCAGCUCUGCCUAUGGCCUGAGCUCGGCCAUGGGUGGCGGCAUGGCUGGCGGCAUGGGUGGCGGCAUGGGCUUUGGUGGAGGCUUUGGAGGUGGCAUGGUAGCCCAGGCCCCAAUCACUGCUGUGACCGUGAACAGGAAUCUGCUGACCCCCCUCAACCUCGAGAUUGACCCCACCAUCCAGGCUGUCCGCACCCAGGAGAAGGAGCAGAUCAAGACCCUCAACAACCGCUUUGCUUCCUUCAUUGACAAGGUCCGUUUCCUGGAACAGCAGAACAAAAUGCUGGAGACCAAGUGGAACCUGCUACAGGGACAGACCACCACCCGCUCCAACAUUGACGCCAUGUUCGAGGCCUACAUCGCCAACCUGCGCAGACAGCUUGACAGCCUGGGCAACGACAAGAUGAAGCUGGAGGCCGACCUGCACAACAUGCAGGGCCUGGUGGAGGACUUCAAGAACAAGUAUGAAGAUGAGAUCAACAAACGCACAGAGUGUGAGAACGACUUUGUCCUCAUCAAGAAGGAUGUCGAUGAGGCCUACAUGAAUAAGGUUGAGCUGGAGGCCAAGCUGGAGAGUCUGACAGAUGAGAUCAACUUCCUGAGGUCGAUCUACGAGGAGGAACUUCGUGAACUUCAGAGCCAGAUCAAGGAUACUUCAGUCAUUGUGGAGAUGGACAACAGCCGAAACCUGGACAUGGACUCCAUUGUGGCUGAAGUCAAGGCUCAGUAUGAGGAUAUCGCCAACCGCAGCCGCCUUGAGGCAGAGACAUGGUACAAGACCAAGUAUGAGGAGAUGCAGACAUCGGCCACCAGAUACGGAGAUGACCUGAGGGCUACCAAGACAGAGAUCGCAGACCUGAACCGCAUGAUCCAGAGACUGACAUCAGAGAUUGAUGCCGUCAAGGGACAGCGUGCCAACCUAGAGGCCCAGAUCGCUGAAGCUGAGGAGCGUGGUGAGAUGGCAGUGAAGGACGCCAAGGCACGCAUUAAGGACCUUGAAGACGCCCUGCAGAGAGCCAAACAGGACAUGACCCGCCAGAUCAGAGAAUACCAGGACCUGAUGAACGUCAAGCUCGCUCUGGACAUUGAGAUUGCAACCUACAGGAAACUGCUGGAGGGAGAGGAGGACAGGCUGGCGAAUGGCAUCAAGGCUAUCAACAUCUCCCAACAGAGCACAAGCUACAGUGGUUUUCCCGCAGACAGCAUGAGGAGCAGCUACUCAAGCGGCUACUCCAGCGGUUUCAGCGGCGGAUAUGGUGGCGGUAGCUCAUAUGGCAGCGGAUACAGCAGCGGAGGCGGAUACAGCAGCGGAGGCGGCUUCAGCGGCGGCAGCUCCGGAGGCUACAGCACCCAGAGCAAGAAGAAUGUCGUCAUCAAAAUGAUUGAGACCAGGGACGGCAAAGUUGUGUCUGAGUCCUCUGAGGUCAUUGAGGAUUGAGCUGUCUAGUUUAGAGGUGAAGCCACCUUGCUGCAAUCUCCUCUGCCUCUCUGGUAGUUUUAUACUUAGAGUUCACCCCCCAAACUAUCAUAAUAAAGAAGUCUGAAGUGAAAUGCCUGUCAGCCACUUUCCAGCAGGGCCUAAUUCUGUCUUUCAUGAAGCAAUAAAUGAUUCUAACACUACCAAAGAUCUGAAAGGGACCAAAGAACUUAUUUUGUAUGUCUAACUGUCUGUACUAAAAAAGUAGCUUUGUUUCACAAAGUGAGAUAAAAAAAAACUGGGCAAAUUGCAACUAUGAAACAUAAAAGAUAUAUAAAACACUCCCUUGAAAUCUACAGCUAUUUCACACAGAGAAUAGUAGGAAUAGUGUUGCAUCAAAUGGACUGUGGUUUUGUCAAAGGAACGUGAAUGUACUGAAACAGUGCUUCAGCAUUGUUAGUCAACUAAUGUCUUAAAAUUGCCUGCUACAGUAGGUAGUGCAUGUCUUCCCUGUGCGUGUCCUGUAACUGAAACUGUUCGACCCCUUAGGAGGCUGCCCACGUCAUAAUGUUGUCCUGAGGUGCUGUUUUUGCUACCAAAACAAAUAAAAACGUGUUUACUGAAAAAAA